AUGGCCAAAAUCCCCCAUAGUCUUGUAUCCACCUUCCUCAUUCUCUCAAUAGUUCUCUCAUUCAUGAUCCUUGCCAACGCAAAAUCCCAACGUUUCGCUAGAUACUUAUCUCCGGCAACACUAGGCCUCAAGAAAGAGAAACUGAGCCACCUUCACUUCUACUUCCAUGACAUAGUCAGUGGAAAAAAUCCGACUGCAGUCCAAAUAGCCCGUGCAGACAUGACAAACACAUCUUCAACAGGAUUUGGAAUGGUGGCAAUGAUUGAUGACCCCUUGACCACAAGGCCUGAACUCAAUUCCAAGCUUUUAGGCAGAGCACAAGGGAUCUAUGCUUCAGCUUCCCAAAGUGAUCUUGGUUUGUUAAUGACUAUGAAUUUUGGUUUCGUGGAAGGGAAGUACAAUGGAAGUACUCUCAGUGUUUUGGGACGUAAUAGUGUGUUAUCUACCGUGAGGGAGAUGCCGAUUGUCGGUGGGAGUGGGCUUUUCCGGUUUGCACGUGGCUAUGCGCAGGCAAGGACUCACACAUUUGAUAUUAAAACUGGUGAUGCUGUUGUGGAGUAUAAUGUCUAUGUCUACCAUUACUGA